AUGCUUGUCUGGUUCACUCUCCUGUUUGUUUAUUACCUGUCAUGGCUGUUUUUAACGCCAUUCUUGGAUCAAGAUUCAAUUAUUCAAAAUCUAUACCCUCCAAUUGACUACGCUAUUAAGAUUCCACUGUUCUUACUACUAAUUGCCUUUGUCACCAUUGGUACCUAUGUUAGUCUGCUGCUCAUCAACUCAAACCAACCAAGAGAACACGACGCUCUCAGACCGAAGGGUCAAAAGAUUAGAUGA